AAGUUACCAAGUUGAAGCGGAAAAGGUGUGAGCCUCUGGCAUUAUAUCAGGACUUUUACUCCGCAAAUCAGCAAACCGACGAUCACAGUGAAAGUAGACGACGUAUUCAAAGUGGGGCUGUGACAAUCCAUAUUCGCGCCCAUAUAGUUUACUCCACUAACGCGUCCUUCUCUACUCACCCCACUCAACCAUCAAGCAACCAUGGCGCCCCCCAAACACCUCGAGACUGAGCUGACAAGCGAAGAACUCCUCGCACUCGACGCGCUCUGCGCCCCUCUCAUAGCGGCGCUCGAUGCCUCAGAUCGUAUCCUUGAAGCAGAUCGCCAUGCGUUCGAGAACAGUUCAAGGCGCUUAUCGACUGUUCCCUUGUGCAAAGACUUCCAAAACGGCCGUUGUUGGAGAGGCAACACCUGCAAGUUCAACCACGUUUCACCAGGAACUGCAAAUGCUCUCUUCGCCGAUACCAUGACCUCCCGCGAGCAACUUUCAGCUAUACCAAUAUCUCGCGAUCCGCGUCCUGGCAACUCUCGUCCCACAUCGCCCGUAUACGCCGCAACUACUAAGCCUAUCACCGUGCAACGUACGAUGCAACAGAGGGAUAUCGGAGGGCAGUCAAAGGGAGCUGGAAAGGUGCGGAAGAGGUCGACAGGAAUUAGGGCUGAAAGAAGACGCGUAAAGCGACAGAAACUGGCUGAGAGCGUGGCAAAGGACCAGGGGGCAUCGAAAUGAGCAUGUUGGGUUGUGUUCUCCAGUAUUUCGGUGGCUGGACAGGUGUCUGUCAGAGAGAACCACUAUGGUCAUCAUGCCACAUGUGACCGUUGCUUAACACACGUCAAUAGACGCUCACCAUCUCUGACAUGGAAUGUCAACGGAACGAUAUCCUAAAUUCUAUAAAUUCAUGAAAAUUACUGCCUUGGCAUCUCAAAGCAUCUGCU